AUGGAGUCGCCAGUCCGUCUCUACGUCUAUGAUCUCUCCCAGGGAAUGGCCGCUAUGCUCUCCAGACAACUCACGGGGAGAUAUAUCGAGGGAAUUUGGCAUACUUCCGUGGUGGUCUACGGCACAGAGUACUACUUUGGCCAAGGCAUCAUGCAGUCCCGACCUGGCUCAACUCACCACGGGGCGCCCAUGAAGGAUAUCGAUAUGGGAACGACGCAGAUUCCAAAGGAUGUGUUUCUGCAGUAUCUUGACUCGAUGAGGGAAACUUGGACGGCGGAUCGGUAUCAUUUGUUGGAUAACAAUUGUAACCACUUUUCGAAUGAGUUGUGUGGGUUUCUGGUCGGGAAAGAGAUUCCUAGCCACAUAACGAGUCUUCCAGCGGAUUUCCUUGGAACACCCUUUGGACAACAGAUACUACCGAUGCUUGAAAACAUGUUUGGCCCAUCUCAGAUCGCACGAUCGGCGACAGCAGGCGCCAACGCCGCAUCACGAGCCGCCGCAUCAAACAGCCUUUCCCCUGGCCUCGCCAGCAUGGUGGGCAACAUUGCUGCAGCCGCCCAAUCCGCGCCCCUCUCCCAAACCGCACUCCAAACUGCCACCAACCUCCUUCAACUCGAGUCCAUCCUCGCAUCCCACCGCUGCGUCGCUGUGGACUUCACGUCAGAGUCGUGCCCGCCCUGUCGCGUCAUCUCCCCGGUAUUUGAGGAAUUGAUUGCGGAGCGGAAUAGUGGGUAUCGCCAGACGGGGAUUGGUGAGGCGGCGAGGUCGGAUAUGAAUAAGAUUGUGGGAGUUAAGGUGGAGGUGGGGAGGGCGAGGGAUAUCGCGACGAAGUAUCAGAUUACGGCGACGCCGACGUUCAUCUUUUUCUUGGAUGGCAAGAAGUUCUCACAGUUUUCUGGCGCGAAUCAAUCCGAGCUCAAAUCCCAGAUCGACGUCUUGCUAUUCACCGCCUUCCCACCACACCCGCACACCAAACUCCGCCUCACCACCCUCGACACCGUCCCCAGCACACCCAUCCGCUACACCCAAUGUACCCAAGUCGACACCAUGUUCACCAAACUCCAAACCUUCCUCCAAUCCCUCCACCCCCCAGAACACGUCACCCAAAGCAUCCAAACAAUACAAACCGCCCUCAAACGCAAACACGAGGGAUCAUCCACGGGCCCCCUCAACCUACCCAAAGACCAUAACCUUGCCCUAGAGUGGUUGGUGGAACACCUGGACGGGGAUAAGAUUUUCCCGGUACUGGAUAUUUUGAGGUUGUUGGUGUUGGACGAUACGUUGAGGGAGAGUUAUGUGGCGAAAGGGGAGGGGUGGACGGUUAUGGGGUUGUUGUAUACGUAUGCGAAGACGAGUGAGCCCGUGAGCAAGGCUGUAAGGUUGAUGCUUUUGCGAUUGGCAUGCAACCUCUUCCCCGCCUCAUCCCCCUACCUCCUCUCCCUCACCCUCACCCACCGCACCUCAACCACCUCCACACCCCACCGCACAAUAACAACAGCCCUCCUAAUCGAAUCCCUCCUCCACCCCGACACCUCCGUCCGGCAAGGCGCAGCAGCCCUCGCCUUCAACAUCGCCGUCGAGGAAGCCACGCAAAGGAGGAAAAACGGAGGUGUGGGCGGGGCCCAGGAGGACGAAGGGUUGCAUGAGGAGUGGGUCAGUGAGAUUGUUGCUGGGGUGGUGAAGUGUUUGGAGGGGGAGGAUGGGGACGAGAUUGGUGAGUUUUUUCCUUUUUUGCGUCUUCUCACUUCCUUUUGA